AUGAUUAAGACUGAAUCGAUUGAUUUUCAUUCGUAUUUACCACCCUAUAGAUCGUUACUAACCCCUAAUGCAAGGUAUGACUACAAAACGCAUACAUUGGUUCCCAUUAAGGAAUAUGAUCUUCGGGCACUCAAAUCAAUGAAUUCGGGAGGCAAACCGACUGCCACAUCCAAGAUUAAGAUGAAGUAUAAAUCUUUACUAAGUGAUGUUAGCAAAAGAACUUCAAUAUUAUCAUUACGCAUAGGGUCAACUACCAAUGCAAAACAGACCCCUAUCGAUGUGAAGAGUUUGCCAGGCGAAGUGUUGGAAUAUAUUUUUGAGUUGGUUGAUUCAGAAGAGGCCUACGUAAACUGUAUGUUGGUUUGCAAGCAGUUCUACCAGAUCGCAAAACCCUUGCUCUAUGAGAACUUAUCCUUCACCUCGACAUAUCGUUUUGCACAGUUUAUUACUUAUCUAAGAGUGAAUUCCGAAGUGGGGCAAUACAUCAAAGCCGUUGAUUUGUCGCAAAUCAAGCAUGGAGAACCAGAAGACUAUGAAGAUGAAAACAGGGGGUUAGAACAAACACACUCCAAUACAUCACAAGGUGAUAAUGACACCUUAGAUUCAGGUGCUAAGAUUUUAGCUGGCUGGAGAGACUGGAAAUACAAAAAUAACCCUUUAUAUUCCAUGCAACCGUGCUUGAACUUGACAAAGGUUAACACCAAUUCACAGGCCCUGUCUAAAUCAUCCAAGACAACAAACUCAAUAAAAAUGUUGAAGCUCUCCAAAACAUUUAACUAUUUCAAGCCUAAAAAGCGUCAAAAGCUCAAUAAUUCCCUGAAUAAAAAUGGGGCACACCCCCCUUUGCAAACUUUGAAUCUAGGAAAUCGUAGGAAUAAUUCACAUCCCCAAAUAAAUAAGUUUUUGAUGAACUAUUCUGCAUCAAAGGAUCUACCGAUUGGCUAUAUUCUCCAUUUGAUUUCAUUAUGUCCAAAUAUUAUAUCAUUGAACCUAGGGAAUUUAUCUCUUUCUACCGAUUAUGAAAUUAGUCGAUCAAUGAUGUAUAAGUACAGGACCUUCGAUCUCAUCAACAAUUAUCCAAAGAAUAUAGCGGCUACUAUUGAUGGAAUUAUGAGCUAUGAAAAUAGAUCAAAUGAAGAAUCGUUACUUGGAUUCAAUCAAGAGAAAGAAUAUUUCACAUCUUUAUCUAUCUUGAACGUAAAUGAUGCCAAAUCGCAACUGUUGCAACAAUCGAAGCAAAACAUUACAUCAUCGGCUUCAUCUGUUUAUUCCGUUGCGUUUUCGAAGCCAAUUAUUAAGUAUAAUAGUUUGUUACCUCCAUUACCAUCAACUCUUCAUGACCUUUCAUAUAUGAAUAAAGGGGAUGGGAAAGUGUAUUUGAGUGACUUGAAUUUAAAGUCCAUUAAUAAUAAUUAUUUGAAAAGGUUAAAUGAAAUUGAAAUUCUUCAUGCAAUUGCUAAAGCACAUAGCAGUUCGAAUAGCCCAUAUGGAAGCAACCUUAAGUACCUCAACUUAUCAUCAAUGAUUUGGCUCACUAAAACUUCGGCCCAAUGGUUCUUAGAUCAGAUCGUGAAUAAAUGCGUAUGGGAAGAAUCAUACUUCUCCGAUGCUGAAACUGUUAGAUCAGGUUCAGAUUCAGAGAUAGUUGGACGGGACUUAGUAAUAGACUUACGUGACUCCGGCAUGUAUAAGAAUCUCGAAUGGGCCAAACUAAUAGAUCUAAAUCAAAAUGAGGGUCGCAGGUUAAUCAAGAGAAUUAUUAAUGAUGAUUUGCUCAGUCCCUUCGAUGAGUUUAUGAGAAGCGAAAGACAAAGGAGAGGUAGAAUUGGUGAAAAUUACCUUACUUGA